AUGAACGAAGUGGAUAGAGGUAUACCGUUUAACACAGUAAAGUGGAUUACCCUAGUUGUGAUUAAAGGAGAGGCAGUGGAGCAGGCGGAAAAAUUCAAGUACCUCGGAGUCGUGUUCACUAGUGGCGGAAAAUGUGAGGAAGAGAUCGACUGGCGAAUUGGAGCAGCCAGCGGCGCCUUGUGUGAGUUAGCCCGAAUCAUUGCGAUUAAACAGGGCUAA